UUCAUCUUUGCUUUCAAUUUAAAAUAACAGAUGGCGCCCAAAUGCCCUCAGUACGCUGGCUGUCAACUAUCGGAGCUACUUUUUAACGGUCAUCCUUCAGCUUGACUUUUUGUUUACAUGCACGGUAAACUAUAAUAAUAACCUCAUGGUUAUUUUAGAGGGAAAAUACCACGUGACGUUUAAAAACGUAUUUCUAAGAAGAUAAUUAAUUUUUAUUAAAAUGGACAAAUUAUUUAUUUUAUUAAUUUGCAUGUUUAAAUGUUGUUUGACAUUCGAGGGAGAUUUGGAGCUCAAAAAAUUAGGAGAGAAAGAAUAUUUGUUAUUGAAAGCGAAAUCAAAUUUACCCGUACAUGGACCAUGCUGGCAUAAAGCAUUAAAGGAACUCAAAAAUAAUUGCAACAAAUUAAAUGAUCAGGAACACUCAUUACUAGCAUUAAGACUAGCAAAUUGUUUUUUAGAAGACUCAGGGCAUAUAACAUACGACUGUCAUUUCAGUGAAACGGAAGCUGAUCGAAGACAAUGCAUCAAUAGUAUGUCUGACCGAGCUUUUGGAGUUUACAAUGAAUUUUACACUCAUACCACCCACAUCUGUUUUUAUUUAAACCAUGAACUCUGGCAAAUUGAAACUGAAAGAACUUUUCAAAAUUUGUACGCAGCUUCAUCAAAAAUGACAGAACAGUUGGUCGAAGCUUCAAAGGUUCAGGGUUCAAUGCUCGAGAGUCAAAAGGAAGGGUUGAAAAUCCAAAAUGAGUUAUUAGUCAAUGGGAAAGAACUUGGUACUGUUAUAAAAACAUCUGCGGAUUCAGUCAACGAGAUGGUGUUGGACUUCAAAGAAAGUUCUAAAAAUCAGCAAGCAUUGCUGAAUGAAAUAUUUUCCUACAUGCGCGCUUUCCAAGACUGGAUUGUUGGUGAAGUUUCUUGGUUUCAGUCAAUUGUUUAUUAUUCGAUAGCUUGCAUCAUUUGUGCAUUAUUCAGCUCUUCUAAGAGAACAGCCGAUUCUAGGAUAACUCUUUUUGUAGUACUUAGUUUGAAUGUCACCUUAGAGAGAAUGCUAGUUCAAUACAAUAUUAAUGUCACGAGCCCAGAAGAUAAGAUCCAAUUAGCUUAUUACACAUGGGGAUUAAGAAAAAUAGUAUUACUAUUAUGUAUGAGUAUUUUACUUUACUCUUAUUACUCAUACCGAGAUGAGCACAUGGAAAAUAACAAAGUCUUAAGAAGAAUUGAAAAAAAAUUGCAUGCGCUACAAGAAGCUCCUCAACCUUUCAGGUAUAGAACGCGGCUGGCCGUAAAAAGACUGAACGAGUCCAAAGGUAUUGAACAUAAGCCUUCAAUUAAGGGCUUUGAUGAUGAGAAAUCAUGACCCUCUGUGAUGGAGUCAGGAAAUGAAUUGUAAAUUUAUGCAAUAAUAUAAGACUAAUUGUAAAUUUAUAGAAUUACAUAAGACUAAUUUUUAAUUAAA